AUGUUCGGCUUCGGCGGCAGCUCGAACGACCGCAUCGCCAUCACUUUCGACAACGAGGAUGCGCGGCCCAAGAAGAAGCUGUCGAACAACGCCGUCGCGCACCCCGUCUUCGCGAACAUCGAGCCCGUGACGGGCGUCGUCGAGAUCCGCGUGCCCCAGGGCAAGCGGCUCGAGCACCAGGGCAUCAAGAUCGAGAUCGAGCUCUUCUACGACCGCGGCAAUUUUUACGAUUUUACGUGCAUCCUCCGCGAGCUCGACACGCCCGGCGUGCUGUACCCCUUCGACUUCUCCAACGCGGAGAAGCCCUACGAGUCGUACAACGGGCUCAACGUCCGACUCCGCUACUUCAUCCGCGUGACCGUGACGCGCGGCUACCCCUCCGGCAACCUCGUCAAGGAGCAGGACUUCGUCCCCGCGCCGGAGGUGAACAACACGAUCAAGAUGGAGGUGGGCAUCGAGGAGUGCCUCCACAUCGAGUUCGAGUACGACAAGACGAAGUACCACCUGAACGACAUCAUCAUCGGCAAGGUCUACUUCCUGCUCGUCCGCAUCAAGAUCAAGCACAUGGAGCUCGCGAUCAUCCGCCGCGAGGCCGCGGGCUCGGGCCCGCAGAUGUACAACGACUCGGAGACGAUCACCAAGUUCGAGGUCAUGGACGGCGCGCCCGUGCGCGGCGAGUGCAUCCCCAUCCGCCUCUUCCUCUCGAACUUCAACCUCACGCCGACGUACCGCAACAUCAACAACAAGUUUAACGUGCGGUAUUACCUCAACCUCGUCCUCGUCGACCAGGAGGAGCGCCGCUACUUCAAGCAGCAAGAGAUCACCUUGUACCGCGCCGCGGAGUAG